AAGAGAGGCAAAAGAGAAGGAAAUCAAAACAUGAGCAACGGAAAGGAAGGAGCCCAACUCACCGAGCUGGGUUUCUUUCACGAACGUUUCAAGUCUUCAUCUCAAAAGCGUGUUGCACGCAAUUAUAGCAAUACAACUUCCUCCAUUUCUUCAGUAUCCCAGUAGUUUUCCGCACUUUUCUGGCUUAAUUUCAAAACCCCAUUUUGUUCAUCUCAAAUUUCAAAUGAACAAAAACAAAUGAGUAUGGAUGAGCAAACUCAUAUGUUGUUGGAACACUACCGUCGUGAUCGUCAGAAAUUGUUACAAUUCUUAAUUUCAUCCUCAAAUUUAAUCAAACAAGUUCGUUCAUCUUCUGGGUCUACCUCUUCUCUUUCUGACAUCAAUCUGGACACUCUUAGUGCUGAUUAUGUCAUUAGUUGCAUCAACUCUGGUGGUGUUUUGGAUAUUGCUGAAGCUACUAAUAGUUUCUAUCAUGAAUUAGCAUACCCCACUGUGAUCCAUUCUCAAUCAGGGAAUUCCUUUUUUACUCUGUCUCAAAACCAAUUAUCCAAAUCACCUCCGAAACGUCGACCUCCUACUGCUUAUGUCAAUGAUAGAACUGAUGUUGCAUCACAAUCAUCGUUCCAAGUGGAACAAAUAUCUAAACAUAAAGUUGCGUCAAGGAAAGCUGACAAUGGGUUCAAGGUUGAAAACGUCAUGACUAGACCCGCAAAAUCAUCUGAGAAUGGCGUUGUUCCUAUCUUAGGUUUACCUCACUUACAAACAGGAUUGUCUGACGAGGACUUGCGGGAGUCAGCUUAUGGAGUUCUGGUUGCAUCUCUAGUCUUUUCCGGGAUUGAAGUUGUAAAUGAACAAGAUCGAAAAAAGGAAAGGAGCUCAAAUAUUCUAGCUGGUUUGAAAGUAAAAAAGAAUAGGGAGAUUUUGCCAGCCCAUUCUCUUGAUAGAAAUUUGGAAUUACUUAAUAUCAUACGCAGUCAAAUGGAGGUUGCAGUGGUGAUGGAUUCAUGCAUCAGGCAAAGCCUGACAAGACGUGCUUCUAGGGCAUCAAGUGGACAAAUUGAUGUUUUGAACAUUGUACUCGGCCUUGUUAAAAGCAUUUCCAGAUCAAGUUUUCCAAAUGAAAAGUCCUAUGUUCAGUGGAAAAAUAGACAGGCAAAUAUCUUGGAAGAACUAUGUUGCCAUGGCCAUUUGACGACCGAAUAUGCAACUAUCAAGUACUCAAUAGGAAAGAUCAGAAAUGCUAGGGAAUGGGAUAUGAUGUCUCCCAGUGAAAGAGCUGAGAUUCUAUCUUCCAUCAGAGACUCGGCUUCAAAAAUUUCUCAUAAGUCUAGAAAUGAAGAUGGAAGCUACGAUUUGUCCAGUGAUCACCAUUUGAAAGUUCGUCUUUACGAGAAUCUGUUGUCUUCAGUGUUUGAUAUCCUCGAAGAAGGACAAAUUCUAGUGGAGGCAAAUGAAAUUUUGAAGCUCGUCAAAUGGACCUGGUCUAUUCUUGGAAUCACUCAGAUUAUUCACGAUGCAUUGUAUAGUUGGGUUCUAUUCAAACAGUUUGUUCAAACAGAUAAGGAAGAUCUACUGGAGUACACUACUAUACAGACGCAGAAAGUUUUAGCUACUGAAUCCUUUUAUGAAGGAGGGGAAUGUUUUCUGUGUACAAUUGAAUGGCGAGAGAGUUUGGUUAAACUAAAUUUGGUUCCUGCUAUAUUUAUCUUGAUGAAUAGGUGGUGUGAUGAGAAACUACUAAAUUAUCAUGGGCAUUUUAGUCAGGAAUCAUCUAAGUUUAAGAGCAUACUGUCCUUUGCAAUGACGACUGCUGUUCUUGAUCUCGAUGAAUUUGGUGAGUUAACUAAACCUGAUGGUUUGACUAAAGAUACUUUGAGAAAGUCAAAGAUGUAUGUUGAGUACUCUGUUCAAGCAGCAUACAUGCGAGUGCUUGAUUCCUUGGAUCUCAAAGCUAAUUUAGAGAGGACGCAUCCUUUAGCGUUGCUCGCAAAUGCCGUAAAAUUGAUUGCGGAAAAAGAGUCUGCUGUAUUCUGCCCUGUAUUACAUACAUGGUGUUCUGAGGCUGGAAUGAUUGCAGCCACAUUAUUGUAUCAACUCUUUUCUGAAAGAUUGACACCAUUUAUUCAAGGCAUAUCAAGUCUCUCACAAGAUGUCAAAGUGGUUCUUUCCGCUGCUCAUAUGCUUGACCGGGAAUUGUCUCAACUCUAUUAUUUUAGCUAUAAAGGGAACCACUUAGAUCAGCCUUUGAAAGUUGAUUUGGACCAUUUUCAGAUUGGAGAAGUCUCUGCUUCAAUUAUUCUUGAUUGGUUAAUAUCUCAACAUGCAUAUAUACUGGACUGGAUUGGUCGUGCUUUUGAUCUUGAGGAAUGGGAACCUUUGUCAACUCAACAGAAACACGCUGUAUCCAUUGUUGAGGUUUUUAGGAUGAUUGAGGAGACUGUGGAUCAGUUUUUUGGGUUGAAGCUUCCUGUUAAUAUCACACAUUUACAAGCUUUGCUUUCUCUGGUUAUUCACAGCUUGGAUGCUUAUCUUACUAAAGUUCUUGGCCAAUUAGUUGACAAAAACCUUCUCUACCCAUCAGCUCCUUCAUUGACUCGGUAUGAAGAAACAACGAUUCCGAUGCCUAGGAAAAAGAUGGUUGAGCUCAGAAUAUUGGAUGAUAAUUCAACGAGUGCUCUAAAACAAUUGACAGUAUCCAAACUCUGCAUUAGGCUGAACACACUUCAGUACAUAAAAAAUCAAGUCAUUUUGUUAGAAGAUGACAUGAGGAAAUCAUGGGGACUUAUUAGGCCUUUUGUGAAGCGAAGAUGGUUUAACAUUGUAGAUGAAGUAGCUCCUGAGAUCUUGGAGAGAACUAUGUCAAUGAGUAAAGAAUCAAUUGAUGAGUUAUUUGCUACAACAUUUGAUGGAAUUAAAAAAAGUACUACCGAUGCUAUCUCCAAAGUUAUUGAUUUCACCGGAACAAAAGCUCUGUUUUGGGACCUUAGAGAGAGUUUCCUGUUCCAAUUAUAUUGUGGCGGUAUUGAAAGAGCUCGUAUGGAUACAGUUCUUCCAAAAGUUGAUGUUGUACUGAAUCAAGUUUGCGGAUUAGUUGAUGACUCUGUCAGAGACCCUGUUGUUUUAAGUAUCUUUCAUGCAUCAUUGGAAGGUUACCUUUGGGUAUUGCUAGAUGGAGGGCCUUCACGUGCAUUUUCUGAUUCAGAUGUCAAUUUGUUGGAGGAUGAUCUGAGAGCUUUACAGGACUUCUUUGUGGCUGAUGGAGAAGGCCUUCCUCGUUCUACAGUUGAGCGAGAUUCGAAAUUUGCUCAUCAAGUCUUAAGCUUGUUCUCCCUUCAGACAAGUAGCAUAAUCCAAAUGUUAAUGACUGCAAGUGAUCACAUCUCAACUAGGGUCCAAUCACGAAGUCAUGGUCAUAGAUCUUUGGACAAUGCUAAUACUUUAAUUCGGAUAUUAUGUCACAAAAAGGACAUUGAAGCUUCAAAGUUUCUUAAGAAGCAUUACCGUCUCCCUCCAUCCUCAGAGUAUGAAGAUAAUCCAAAGAACGAAUCAACAUUGAGUUCAGCCAUCAUAACAGAUCUGCUGAAAAGAAGUGCGUCGUUUCGUUUCCCCGACACAGGACAUAGCAGCUUCAAAUCAUUAAAGAAGAAAUUUCAGGAAGGAUGGUGAUUACUGAACGACAGACAUAACACAGGACAUAUGCUUUAGACAGCUGACGUUCUUUUAUUUCAGAGACGAAAUGGCUGAUCGACAUAUCCAACAAGAAGCUAUGCACAAUUUGAUUGUAUCUGCCCGACAAAAGGUGAUUAAAUCGAAACUUGUGGGAAUAAAGUAUGCUCUGUAUGGUUUUGACGUUCUUAUUAUCAGAUGAGGUGGUCAGUAGUCAGUAAAUUAACGUCUUGCUGAACUCCGUACGUGCUGAGAAAUAGAUAGAAUUUACCUCCACAAAAUCCCAGAAAAAUCAACUGUUAUUGGCAAAAUCAGCUGAAAAACAAGAAGUGAUCACAAUUUAGAAAUAGGGCAGUCCAUUUGUUUGUUAAUUGAUUUUGCCAAUAAGAGACCUGGGAAAAUGGGUUAAGGAUGACAUAGGAGUAGCUUAUGUAUUUUUUCUUUUUUUUCAAAUUUUGUGUAAUGUUUUUUUCUCAAUAUUUUUUUUCAAUUUUUGUUUAUUUUAAUGGUGAGUUAGCUUCACAAACGAGUUAGUUAUCUUUUGCACUCUAUGGGGAUUUAAGUUAUUGGAUUUCCUUUGCCUGAUAGUGUAAUGUAAAUUAGCAAACUAUUUAUUUAUUAUA